AUGAGCGCAGCCUCCGGAACAAUCCGUUAUCACACCGUCCCCGCGUUACCUCCACAUUCCCGCCACACGACUCGACACGCCUCCACUCACACAGCACCACGAGCAUCCUUGGCACGCCUAGAUUACUCCCAGAGGUUCCCAUCCCCUCUAAGUGCCAACCACACCGCGGAAGAGGAAGAGGAGAGGGGGAUCCUACUACUGCAGCCGGAGGAGCAAGUGGCGGUGGUGGCGGCGGCGGCGACGGUGGUGGAGGGACACGUGGGACUGAGGGUGACACCACAGCGAGUGGGCGGCAAGGACGUGCACCCUCCCCUGGGACAACUGAUGCGGAACCUUACCAACCACAAGCCGGCCUUCACCGUGACGGGGCUCCAGGCUGGGCAGGAGUUCUCUUUGGUGAUACAAGCGUCCAACAGGGAGGGAAGCAGCCCGCCGACCGUUCUCAGUGCCUUCACGCUUAGAGACAACGCUCAGACCGUCAUUGGCGUGUCAUCAGGCGGGGAGGGACGUACCAAUAAGGGAGGCGGAGGAGCAGGGAGCGGCGGCACCAGUGGCAGCAGCGGAGGGAACAGCGGCGUCUCUGUCCCCAGUAGCGGCAACGGUGGCGGGGGUGUUGACGAUGGCGAGGAGGCAGGAGGCGGCGGCGUUGUGAGCGGGUGGGUGUUCGUGCCGCCCAUGAUGCUGGUGCUGGCGGCGUCCCUCUCCUCCAUCCUUCUCCUCGCCCUCAUCAUCAUCAUCGUCAUCAAGAGGAGAGGAAGAAGGUCCCAGAGGGUGGAGCGGCAGCUGGAGCAGGUUAAACUGAGCGGCGAGGCCCUGGUGCCGCCACCGUCCCCCCAGGAGGCGCCCAGGCGGACCCCAGGGUCGAGGAGAAAGCAACUGAGAGGCGAGGGGGUGAUGGACGAGGGAAGUUGUGCGGGGAGCGUGUGUGGUAGCGGCAGCAGAGAGACGGUGCUGGACGGCGGCGGGGAGGAGGGGGAGAUAGUGUGUGGCACGACGGUAGCUGCGGAGGUGGAAGUGACAGAGGGAACCACGACAACAGGAGGAGGAAUAGGUGGAGAAGGCGAGAGCGAGACUAGACUUGGAGCAGCAGCAACAGUAGGGGGAGCAGGGGGUGCAGCAGCAGCAGGAACAGCAGCAGGGGGAAUAAUGAUUGGUGGGAUGGGACUGUUCGACAAUAGUGGAUCUUGCAACGGCGGGCUCCUCCCCUCAGUCUCCACCGCUUCGCCAAUGGACAUCAUGACGGGGUCGCUGCAGGAGGGAGUUGGGAUGGAGAGUGCGCCCCUGCCAUUGUUGGGAGUGACUCGCUUAGGGAGAGGCGUCCCCAGGCAGCAACAGGUCCUCUACCAGGAGGUUCCCGUGCUGGGCGUGGGCGGCCUGGUGGGUGGAGGCCUUGACCCGGUCACCAGCACGAGUGUAGGCGCCAUGAACCUUGGAGUCGGAGGGAUGCCCAGGAUGGUGGGCGUCAACAUGGGAGGCAUGAUGGGUGCUGGCGUGGGAAAUCCGUGCAUGGGCGUAGGUCCCUUGGGAGGUGUGGGCGGCAUGGGCGCAGCAGGGGGCCUCGGUGCAGUGGGCAGGCUGGAGGCGGGCGGUGGCGGUGGCUACGUAUUAGUGAGGACUCCCGGCAUCCCCGCCUCCUCCUCCUCCCCCACUCCCCCCACGCUUCGCUUCCCCACCUACUCUCCUGCCGGGUUUGUGCGACAAAACCUGGAGGACACAAGCUUGACGCACCCCAACGAAAGCAUGAGCUCCUUGUGAGGGUGUGUGACAUCACUUGCGCCGCCGCCGCCACCACCUCACACCUCCACCUUCACCACCACACUCGCCACCAUCACCAACUCCGCCAACACCAUGACCAAAUGCCAUUCCUAUUCAACUUGAGAGCCGAGUGUACCUUUUAUACUUCAACAACUGGAAAGUGUCUUUCGAGGCGAAGUUCGUGACGUGAGACUCCCCCGAGCUGAGGGUCUCCGUGGAGGCAGUGACUGAACCUUUCUGCUCCUCCUGGACGUAAACAUUGGACCCCUGAGUGCUUCCUAUGAACUCCCGAACUAAUCGAAGUGGUGGAAGUGCUGAGUUGGGCUUGCGUCCCUUUCGGACCACACACCAAGCAAAUAAAAGUGGCUUAUCUCGAGUGGCUGAGGGCCAGUGAACGUGAGUUGGAUUUUUCAAGUGAAGUGAAAAAUUGGUUACAGAAAGCUCUUCCUUCAGUGACGGGCGAGUCUCGAGUCUUUACGUUUUCUUUUGUAUCCAUAUAGAGCAAAACAAAUCUGAUUUAAUACAAUCACACACACACACACACACACACACACACACACACACACACACACACACACACACACACACAAUUAA